AUGGAGUUCCUGAUGCAACCUAUAGACGGGUGUAACUUCCUGGAGGAAGUUGGGGAGAGUUUGGUGCCGGCACCGGAGAGGGAGGAUGCGGUGAAUGUGAAGAUGGUGGCGGCGCAGGUGACGGAAGGACAUCAGUUGGCGGUUGAGGUUCAGCCGGCAGCUACAGGGGAGGCGCAGAUGUUGAUGCUCAGUGAAGGAGCGCAGGAGAGGAGGGACGUGUCUCCACCAAGCUCGGAGCUAUCUACUGGGAAGAUGAACCCAAGAGCUCCUGGAUGGAAUAAGAGGUUGAGGAUCGGUGCCGCUGCACCAAGUCGGCCGCCUUGCCCAAACCGUGUGACUGCAUUUGAGAAGGCUGUUCGAAACUAUGCUGAGAAUCCAGGAGACAAUGUGAUCACACCGACUAUUGGCACGACCUUUGAUUCUGUAGGAGAGGCGUAUGACUUUUACAAUUUGUAUUCAUGGGAAAAGGGGUUUGGUAUCAGAUAUGGCAAGAGUCGGCUUAAUGUAGAGAGGAUUAAAUGCAUGCAAGAAAUCGUCUGUGGUUGCUCGGAAAAAGCUGCGGUUGAGAAUACAAGAUCUUGCCGCUGCGAAUGCCAAGCUUUAAUAAGGCUCCUACGAGCAGAAGAUAAUGGAUGGUAUAUUGCAGAGCACAAGGAUACUCACAGCCACUCAUUGUCGCCGAACUUUGGCGAGACACUACAUUGGCCAUCACACAAGCAUAUAGAUGUAUACACAAGAGAUCUUGUGAAGCAGUUGCGGCAGAACAAUGUCAAUUUGUCUAAGGUGUAUAGCAUAAUCGGAGGUUUCUUUGGAUCGAUGGAGAAUGUCCCAUUCACAAAAAGGUCUUUGCGCAGUCUUUGUGGUAGAAUUAACCGAGACCACGCAGAGGAUGAUGUGAAGAAGACAAUGGAUGCCUUUGCGGAGAUUGGUGCGAAAGAUCCGCACUUCACCUAUAGGGUGCAAGCUGACAGUGACGGGAGAAUUAGGAAUUUGAUGUGGGCAAGUGGGAACAGUAGGCUGCAGUACUCUUUCUUCGGGGAUGUCAUAACAUUUGACACAACUUACAGGACAAACUUGUACGACAUGCCUUUUGGAUUGUUUGUUGGUGUGAACAACCACUUCCAGAGUGUGAUUAUGGCGGACCAGAACCGUGCAAUGGAGCUUGCUAUCAGCAAGGUUAUGCCGAAUACAACACACAGGUGGUGUAAAUGGCAUGUGUUGAAGAAAGCAAAAGAGUCACUUGGGCCGCUGUACACGAAGAAAAGUGAAUUCAGGGCUGAAUUUUACGAAGUAAUAAACCACAUGCUGACUGAAGAUGAAUUUGAGAAAGGUUGGGAGGUGCUGCUGGAUAAAUACAAGCUAAGAGGUCAUGAUUAUAUGACGCAGUUGUUUGAAAUCCGUAAGAAAUGGGCGAAGCCUUACUUCAAGGGGAAAUACAUGAGACUUCAGUUCGAUCGUGAAUCGGAGGAGAAUUAUGAGGAGAAACGCACUCGUAUCGGGAAGCCAUUGAUGAGGGCAAAUCUUGCAGUGGAGAGGCAUGCAAGCAAAAUAUACACACGAGCAAUGUUUGAACAAUUUGGGGAGAUUUUGUAUGAGUGUGGAGCUUAUCAGGUGGAGGAGAUUGAGAAACACAAGACAUACCUAGCAAUACAUAGCGAAGCAGAGAAAAGGGAAAAGUGGUGUAGAGUAUCUUACAAGGUGACUAUGAUUGACGGUGGAGAUGAGUUCGAGUGCGAGUGUGGGCAGUUUGCACAUAUGGGGCUGCUUUGCAGCCAUGUUCUGAAGGUCCUGGACUUUAUUCGAGCUAAGGAAAUUCCGGCGAAGCAUAUUGUGAAGAGGUGGACAAAGGAUGCCAGAGAUGUUCUGCCUGCUCAUCUAGCUCAGUACCAAAAAGACAGUAUGCAGAACAAUCCCUUCUCAUACAGGCACUUCACCAUGUAUAUGCAUGCAAUGGAAUUAGUUAGGCUUGGAGACACCAGUGUUGACGUGUAUAACCGGUUGAUGGAGCUGUUCAAGUCAAAUUUGACAAUUAUGCUCCCAUUCGCAGAGAUUAGAGAUGGUCUAGGACUAGAGGAUAGAGUAGCAGAUAAAGGCACAGUUGUGAAUGAGCGGAGCCGUCCUGCUGUAGUUGUUGAACAGACAGACAAUGUGGUUCUUUCGAACAUGAGGGGUUCUGAAGGGAGUGUGAACCAGGUAGUAGUCGGCGACUCAAUUGGGCCUGCGGAAUCGGAUAUGACCAGUGGAUCAAUACAGAGCGGUGCCUUGGGUAGAUGUGUUGGAAAUAUGCCCUAG